UAAUCUCUCUCUUUCUCUCAGGGUGUGGAUGUGUUAUUCAUGCAGUCGGAUGGUGGGCUGACACCAAUGGAGCAGUUCUGUGGCUCUCGGGCAGUGCUCUCUGGUCCUGCUGGAGGAGUCGUGGGCUAUGCCGUCACAUGUUAUGGGUUUACAGAAAAGAAGCCCGUCAUUGGCUUCGACAUGGGAGGCACCUCUACAGAUGUGAGCAGAUACGCUGGACAGUAUGAACAUGUGUUUGAAGCAACUAUCGCUGGCAUCACCCUGCAGGCACCACAGCUUGACAUCAGCACUGUCGCAGCAGGUGGAGGCUCUCGACUGUUCUUCCGGUCAGGGAUGUUUGUUGUGGGGCCAGAGUCUGCUGGUGCUCAUCCUGGACCGGCCUGCUAUAGGAAGGGUGGCCCUCUGACUGUCACUGAUGCAAAUCUAGCCCUUGGUCGCUUGCUGCCUUCCUACUUCCCAAAAAUCUUUGGCCCCGGAGAAAAUGAGCCUCUCUCAACCGAGGAAACCAUGAAGCAUUUCCGCAAACUCACACAAGAAAUUAACCACUUCCUUUCUACUAACCAAUCAUCUAGUAGUGCUUCUGGAAGACACCACUCAGAAAUGAGUGUAGAGGAUGUUGCCAUGGGCUUCAUCAGUGUGGCUAAUGAGGCCAUGUGCCGGCCAAUCAGAGCGCUUACACAGGCUAAAGGGCAUGAUACAUCUGAGCAUGUGUUGGCAUGUUUUGGAGGAGCUGGUGGUCAACACGCUUGUGCCAUUGCAAGAGCCUUAGGCAUGAAGACUGUCUUCAUACACAAAUACAGCGGAGUGCUGUCAGCAUAUGGUUUGGCUUUGGCUGAUGUGGUGGAGGAGGUUCAGGAACCAUGUUCUCUACAGUAUGUAGCAGGCUCAUACUCUGAGCUGGACCGCAGGAUAGAGGAACUCUCUCAACGCUGCGACCAAAUACUGCACAAACAAGGCUUUAGCAGUUCUCAGAUCAGUAUAGAAGUGUUCCUGCACCUGCGUUAUGAGGGCACAGAUUGCGCGCUCAUGAUCACGGCUGCAGGUCACCCCAGUAAUGCCCACUCCUGUCGCUCGGGAGACUUCCGCACGGCCUUCACUAAACGAUAUCUGAAAGAGUUCGGCUUCACCAUCACUGAUCGGCCUAUCAUGGUGGAUGAUAUCCGUGUGCGUGGUUCUGGGAAGUCUGGAAUUAGGUCAAAAGUGCAGCCCAAAGAAGGGCAGAAAUCUCCAAGACCUAUUAAGAUGACCCAGUGUUACUUUGAGGACCGUUAUCUGGACACCAGUGUGUAUCUGUGGGAGAAUCUUUCCUGUGAUCACAGCAUCCAAGGACCAGCCAUUAUUAUUGAUAAGAACAGCACAAUUCUCGUGGAGCCGGCGUGUGUGGCUCAUCUGACAGAGGAUGGUGACGUGUGUAUUGCUGUUGGCAUGGGAACGCAGUGUGUCUUAGGAACUGAACUCAACACCAUCCAGUUGUCCAUCUUCUCCCAUCGCUUCAUGAGCAUCGCAGAGCAGAUGGGUCGUGUGCUGCAGAGAACCUCCAUAUCCACCAAUAUAAAGGAGCGUCUGGAUUUUUCCUGUGCUGUGUUUGGUCCUGAUGGAGGUUUGGUGUCUAAUGCUCCUCACAUCCCUGUUCAUCUAGGGGCCAUGCAGGAGACUGUACAGUUCCAGAUAAAGGCGGCAGGAGGCAGUAUGCAAGAGGGAGAUGUGAUUCUCAGUAAUCAUCCAUGUGCGGGUGGCAGUCAUCUACCAGACCUCACUGUCAUCACUCCUGUGUUUCGUGAUGGCAUGAGUGCACCGGUGUUCUUUGUGGCCAGUAGGGGGCAUCAUGCUGAUAUAGGGGGCAUCACUCCAGGCUCCAUGCCCCCCCACUCCACCAGUCUACAGCAGGAGGGUGCCGUCUUCACUUCCUUCAAACUGGUCACGGGUGGAGUCUUUCAGGAGAAAGCUGUGACAGAAGCCCUCAUGGCACCUGCUCAAUACCCAGGAUGUUCUGGGACACGCAAUCUCCGUGACAACCUGUCGGACCUUCGAGCACAGGUAGCAGCCAAUCAGAGGGGCUGUCAGCUUGUGGGGGAGUUGAUCACCAGCUACGGUCUGGAGGUCGUCCAGGCAUACAUGGGAUACAUUCAGAGUAACGCAGAGCUUGCAGUUCGUGACAUGCUGAAAGAUUUCGCCCGACGGCGGCGACAAGAAACAGGCUCCCUUGAGGUUGAAGCAGAAGAUCAAAUGGAUGAUGGGACACCAAUCAGAUUGAAGGUCCAGAUAGAUGAACAAGAAGGCAGCGCAGUGUUUGAUUUCACCGGCACAGGGACAGAAGUGUGGGGCAACUGUAAUGCUCCUCGUGCUAUCACCCUCUCGGCCCUCAUAUACUGUCUGAGAUGCAUGGUGGGCCAGGACAUCCCCCUCAACCAGGGCUGUCUGAAACCUGUUAAAGUCAUCAUCCCCCCUGGCUCAAUCCUGCAGCCGUCUCAGAACGCUGCAGUAGUGGGCGGUAAUGUGCUGACCUCACAGAGAGUGGUGGACGUCAUCUUCAGAGCCUUCCAAGUGUGUGCGGCCUCACAGGGUUGCAUGAACAACGUGUCGUUCGGCUGCGAGAAAAGUGGUUACUAUGAGACGGUUGCUGGUGGUGCGGGGGCGGGGCCAACCUGGAAUGGCCGUGGCGGCGUUCACACUCACAUGACAAACACUCGCAUCACUGACCCUGAGAUCCUGGAGAGCAGGUAUCCAGUGAUUCUUGAGCAGUUUUCUCUGCGGCCUGAUUCUGGAGGGAAAGGUCUAUACCAUGGCGGUGAUGGUGUGAUCAGGAAACUUCGAUUUCGUAGUCCAGUGGUUCUGUCAGUACUGACAGAGAGGCGCUCUACACGACCCUACGGCCUACAUGGAGGUAAAAAUGGAGUACCAGGGCUGAAUUUGUUACAUAAAACGGAUGGCAGAGUCUUAAAUUUAGGGGCCAAGAAUACCAUCAGCCUGGAUCCUGGGGACAUGUUCAGUCUGUUCACCCCUGGAGGAGGUGGAUAUGGACGUGUGGAUGAACAGGAUGAAGACCAUCAGCUUCCCUCUAAACGUCGUUGCCUGCAUGAGCUGCAGGACACAGUUUAAGAAGACUUCAUGGAUUCAUGCAUUUUAGGGAACAAAGCAUUAGACAAUAGAAAACUGUUUUUGAUAAAAGCUGAAAUAAAGUCUAGUGCAACCUCUUAUAAAGUGUUUUUCCCUGUUCUGCUACACGGUGUUUUACAAAGGUUGGUUAUAGUCUAAUAUACUGUAUAAAGUGAUGAGAAAAUCAA